UGGUUACUAGUGGGCGCCGCUCACGCCCGCACCCUCCCCCCGCACCCUCGAAGCCUCCUCACUGCGCCAGCCUCAAGCCGAGAUCCUUCCGUUUUGACGAUUAUCUCUAUUCGUUAUAGCGGACAGUGAGUGCCAGUUCCCCAGAGGUUUCCCAGGAGUUGAAGUCGCGUGUUCUUGUCUCUCUCUCCCGACGCCGCGCAGUCGGUCGAGGUGCCUCGCUCUGUCCCUUCCCCAGCAGGAGAAACUAUCGUCCAGAGUUCGUGAAUCAGAAAGUCCAAAACGAUAGGACCCUAGAAAAAGAAAUAUAAUCCUAAAAAAAAAGUUUCUGCAUUUGCUAUUGUCAAAAGUCGGUCUUUUUGUUUUGUUUUUAUCAAUUGUUCAGUGCUAAGUGUAGUGUGAAUGUCAGCUUCAAGAAGUGCCUCCGAGGUGUUCUAAGGCGAAGGUGGUGAUGUGGGUGUAACUCCUAGCGUCUUACACCUACAGAAAUCUUUUAACUACACAAAAAAAGCAAAAGGAAGAGCAACAGAGACAGAGAGAAAGAGAGAGAGACAGCAAGACGCAGCCAUGGCCAGAUUACGGAUAUUCCUGGUAUGGGUGUGCGUUCUGAUGGCGGGCACGGAGCCCCGGGCGAUGCCGCUCCGGAAUCACGGCGGGGUCAUCUUCGGCAGCGACUUCCUGCGCAUCCUUGACCCCCGACAUCAGUCCGGAGACGCGAGCUCGGACGGUCCCGCCGAGGCUGUCGCCGCAGGGACGACCGACGCGGCGGCGCAGUCAGUGCAGCUGCAGCGGCCGCCUCCCUCGCGCGGACAGUCGCAACCUUCUUCCGACAACGACUCAGGGCGACGACGACCGCCGAGCUCGUUUGGCGCACCAAGCACGACGGGGUCGUCGCCGCUCACGAAUCGGACGCAAAGUCCAGAUAAAGACCGCGUUGCCACACGUCGUCUGAGCAAGAAUAAUGACCACGUUUCAUCUUCUCCUUCUACUCUUUUAGCGUCGUCUACGCCCUCACGGCGAGCCAACGCUCUGCGGAGGAAGCAAUCCUCCAGCAGAACGGCGCAGACGCGGCCAUCCGCUUCGCACCACAAGUUCGGCAGGAAGUUUGCGUCGGGGGCGUCCCUUAAUCACCACAGAUCGACCACGACGACGGCGAAGACGUCCUCCCUUUCUACGCCCUUGCCCGAAACCGGGAGGGCUGGUCUGCGUGCCACCGUCAGUCCAGCCGCUGGGAAAGUGUUUCUGGAUUCCCCUGUGUCUGCCAGUCCCGCUGAUCCACAAGCAGGUACUACCGAGGGAAGUGUUAGUAUACCGUAUGAUGAUUAUGACUACUACUACUACUACUACGCCGAUGACAUUGACUCUCUGCUCAGUGGUGACCCAACCAUCGAUGCAUCCACUACUGAGAAGACCAGAGGAACAACGCAGCCUGCAGCCAGGCAACCCACCACAGACACGUCCACGGCCAGCUUGUUCUCAAAAAUCACCACGGCAGCGCCUGCAACAGCGUCUCCACGUCCUUCACGCACCACACGGACGACCAAGGCAACAGGUAGAACACCAUCCACGGUUGACUCUACAACGCCAGAAACAGUCCCAGACUCAGUAACACAAAGGACUCUCAGAUAUCGCACUACAUCAAAAGCGAAUGUCAAAGCUACAACGACGCCGUCUGCAAGGCCCACAGAGUCUACAGCAAAAUUAACCACAACGACGACAUCCACAGUCAAAGAACGGAAAACCGUUCAACCCACAACAGAGAGAGAAGAUUUCAGUGUAACAGAGAGAAGCAUUAUAGUAUCCUCUGAGAGAGUGACCGCAGGACGACGCACUGUGCCUGCGACUACAGAGAAAAUCAGUUCCACUGUCACUGCUUCCCUGUCAGCCUCCAUUCCCUCGCCCAGCACCAGCAAACCAUCUUCUACUACAGAGCCAGAGUCUGCGACUGAGUCAUCUACCGGAAGCGGGUCGUCCUUCAGCAAGGCACCGUCGAGAUCUGGGUCACUCUCCAGCAGCAGGUCAUCUUCCAGAUCACUAUCACAGUCUGUUCUGAAGACGUCGAGAGUUUCGUCGGCAACAUCCACAACCACGCAGUCACAUCUCGAGAGAAAGAAUAAGCUUCCCACAUCCAGGACGAGCAACACGUCACAGUUCCGGUACACCACUUCAAGGCCUCAAGUUACAGAGAAAGCAUUGAGAGGUAAUGCAGAGAGCUCUGUUAAAGAGGAAACCCAAAGUGAAAGCUCGAAGGUCACUGAAAGACCCCAAAGACCACAGAGUUCUGCUCAAGAGGACACCAGACGGACCACCAGACUGCAAGUACCAAUAAUACCAAAAGAAACGACAGAAAGAACCGUUACUGAGAAAAGUGAUAAGGGUGUCGCGAUACAAGUGUCCAAAUCACCAGACGAAGCUUCAGAAAAUACAUCUCCAAAGAAAACUAGCGAAGUCAUAAGGACCCAGCCACCAAAGGAUGAUGCAGAAGCUCCUGCUCCGGAAGAAGGUGGGCAGUCAACCAGACUCGGAAUUGCCUCCUCCUCCUCGGUUGUGGUUGAAGUCCGAGUGGAAUCCCCCCCUCGACCUGAACCUCGCAGGAUGCCGGCGUCUGUCAAUCAGUCCUCCAUUCAGGCCCUUGAUCGCGGUAGAGCCAAUAAGGAUAAGGAAGAUCCACCACCGCCUUCUCCGUCCCUUACAGAAACAGAAGAAAGCCCAGUUCCUUCUCCUUCCCUUUUGAAUUCCACCACGGAAGAAAAUUCAAAUGCAUCGUCAGCAACUACCUCUUCUUCGCUGCGGACAGUUCACACCAUCAAUCCCGAACGCCACACAACCAGCUUCCUUCUUAGUGAGCCCCUGGUGGUAGACAUCGUCUCUGAGCCAAAGAUGAGCGAUCAGAGUCCCAGUGAGAAGCCAGACGCCGCACAGAGCACUCCUUCUGCGAAGUCUCCCACAAAGCCCUCUUCCAGUAACACCACUGAAGGUUCUGAAACCGGUGAGGACCAGGCACAGUCUCAGGGUAAAACCCCAGCAGACGAGAGUAAGCCGAAAGCAGUGAAAACACAAGAGAAUGCAGAGGAGGCGGACAGCCAAGCAACGAAUGCAGACACGCCCACAGAAGAUAUAUCGCUGCAUCAAACCCAGAGCCAAAGUGUGAGCACCUCGGUCUCCAGGACAGAGUUGAGGACUGCUGAGAUCUCUACCAGUGUAGUUGGAGCGGGGAGCACGUCUAUCGAUUCCGUCGAACCAGUUGCAGCAACUUCUAACACAACAGAACCACCUCCAAUUUCAACCACGACUCCCGCAAAUGUGAAUUCCACCACACUCCCUCCGUCUAAGCCCAAGAUUGGCACACCUUCAGGCAGGCUUAUAGUUGGUUCCCCUCGCGCCCAACAAGGACUAGCUCCGCAGGGUCUUGCGCCAUUUGGCCAGGCCCCAGGGGGGUUGGCACCAUUUGGCAACGCCCCCCAUGGUUUGGCACCAAAGGGACUCAUUCCAACAGGGUUGCAUCCUCACGGUCUAGCUCCACAAGGACUCUCAGAGCUAGGAGACAGUAAAAGCGGGACUAACAACACGCGCCUAACAUUUGUGGAUGCGAAUGUAGGAGGUGGAGCAGAUGCCAACAACACAGUGGGCUACGUCGUGGAGGAACACAACAGAAGUCGCUUCCGUCUUGAGGAGAAAACGCAAGACGGUUUCAUCAUUGGCGAGUACGGGGUGGUCGACCACGCGACCGGUGACGUCAACGGCGUCCGGUACACUGCCGACAGUAGCGCCGACCCUCAUCUAAUAUAUGAAACGCUCAUGAAGUUCCUCAAACUGUAGGGAAGCUGGUGCAUGGCAGUCAGUGAUGCUGUGAAGAGUUUCUGCUGCUGUUGUGAUAUGUCCUCUUGCUAGACAGGUUUCCAGGAUGAUGGACAGAGCCAUUGGAAAUACAUUAUUUUAUAGUACCAUCUUUUCCUUUAGGGUAAUUACAUUCUCUUGAUGCUGUUUUCAUACACGAACAUAAUAGUGGAUCUACUGUUGAAUCCAACACAUGGAAGGUAGAGCCCAAGUAAUUUACCUUUGUUCACAUGAUCACAUCGGGCAAUUUUAUUUAUUUCUGUAGGAAUCAGAAACUUAAAUAUCAUUUUGAUAUCAAAUUUGCAUUGAGAAAGUUACUUGUGCUUUACCUGUAUAUUGGCUCUAUCCUUCACCCCGUGAACUACAAAGCAUUGCUCGUCUAGCAUCGUUCGUCGCUAUUUAUUUGAAAGGCAUAUUUAUCUGGUGAAAAAAAAAAAAAACAUAACAAAAUACUGCAUUUAUAUAUCAAACACAAUUCUUUUCUAUACAAUUGUCUUUAACAUGAAGAUACUAAAAGUGAAAUUGAAUCUGUGAAAAUAAACUUAAGUUAACAGAGGUCUUUUAUAGUGUCAGAAUGAUGCAUGGGAGGCAAGCGACCUUCUUAUCUGUGAUUUAUAUUUGUGAUGCUCAGCCUUACUGUAGAAGACAUAGAAUUCCGGACUCCACUCCCAUCGUGACUGGGCAUUACCUACCUGUGUGAGAUGUGCGAGUCUGGAGCCAGGGGGUAUUGCCAAGGAAUCCGCCAAGGACAUUAGGACACUGAAACUUCUAACUCUAGAGAGGAUUUAAGUAUACGUGCACACACAAACACACACACACACACACGCACACACACACACACACACACACACACACACACACACACACACACACA